UAAAACAGAGAGCAAAUAAAUAAAAGGGAAAUACGUUCCCUCACUCUCCCUCAUCGCCUUCUCUGGUUCGAGACAGUUAGAGUCGCCGUCGCAUUUCAUCACUGUCAUCGUUGGUUACUCAAUCUCUCCGCCCUCGAACUGUCUUUGUUACUUGUUCAAGAGAUGUCUGAGAAAUUCUCUCCAGCGCUUCGAAUUGGAGAUGUCAAUGAUUUCAUUGUGCCUUCACAAGCAUGCACAGUCUCCCUCAAGGAAAGAAGGUUGAAGAAACCCGAUAAAGUCGAGGUCAAAGUCGCUGACAGACAAGUGAAGUCCAAACCUGUUAAAAUUUCGCUCAAGGAUUGCUUGGCAUGCAGUGGAUGUGUGACAUCAGCGGAGACGGUAUUGCUGAAUAACCAAGGUUUGGAUGAGUUUUUGUCCAAUAUCAAUGAAGGAAAGACAGUGAUUGUGUCUGUUUCUCCACAGUCAAGGGCUUCUAUUGCAGCCCAUUUUCGCAUUUCUCCUCUUCAGGUUUUCAAAAAGCUGACAAGAUUUUUCAAAUCCUUGGGUGUGAGGGCUGUAUUUGAUACAAGUUGCAGUAGAGACUUGACCCUAGUCGAAUCUUGUGUGGAAUUCGUCUCGAGGUAUAGAAAAAAUCAAUUCGUAGAUGAUGAGAGGAGUAAGUCAAGCCUGCCAAUGAUUUCAUCAGCAUGCCCAGGUUUGAUUUGCUAUGCUGAAAAGAGUCAUGGAUCCGUUCUUCUACCUUACAUUUCAUCAGUGAAGAGUCCCCAACAAACAAUUGGAACUAUCAUAAAGCGCUAUCUAUGCCAAGAUAUGGAACUCAGGCCAGAAGAAGUAUACCAUGUUACUGUGAUGCCUUGUUAUGAUAAAAAGCUUGAAGCUUCUAGGGACGACUUUGUUUUCCAAUUAGAGUCCCAUUUUGAUGAAGGGCGUGAAGGUGAAGUUAACAGGGUUUUGGAGGUAGAUUCCGUAUUAACAACUGGAGAGAUUUUGGAAUUGAUUCAGUCAAAAGAAGUUGAUUUUAAAAGCUUAGAAGAGGCUCCUCUGGAUAAACUACUAUCUAAUAUUAACGAAGAAGGACACCUCUAUGGCGUCCGUGGAAGUUCUGGAGGUUACGCAGAAACAAUAUUCCGAUAUGCUGCUAAAACACUUUUUGGAAGACAUAUUGACGGUCCUUUGAACUUUAGAAACAUUAAAAAUUCAGAUUAUCAAGAAGUUACCUUGGAGGUUGAUGGAGAAACAGUGUUGAAAUUUGCUCUCUGUUAUGGUUUCUCGAACUUGCAAAAAAAUAUACCAAAAUUAAAAGUAGGGAAAUCUGAUUAUCAUUUCCUGGAAAUCAUGGCAUGCCCUUCAGGUUGCUUAAAUGGGGCAGGUCAAAUCAAACCAAUUUCAGGUCAAUCCGCUAAAGAACUGAGUCAGUUAUUAGAAUCAGUUUACAUGGAAAAUGUUUUGGCAAUAGAAGAACCAUUCGACAAUCCCAUUAUUAAAGGUUUAUAUGACAAGUGGCUCGGGCAGCCCGGUUCUGAGAAAGCUAGGAGUUACAUGCAUACACAAUAUCAUCCUGUUCAGAAAAGCAUCACUUCUGAGUUACAUAAUUGGUGAGGAGUUGAAACAGAAAUAUAAUAAGAGUGGAAAGGGAACGGAAUGGAUAAAAAGGAUGAAGGAGCGUGGGAGAAGAGGAAUGUUGUUCCGCCAUACACCAAGUACACUGGUCGGAAACAGAAAAAUCGCUUUUCAUAUUGUUUAUCGUGUGCCUCAGUGUCACAUAUUUCUUAUAUGUUAAUGGCCACUGAGUUGCAUCUUUCUCGGGCCCCGAAGGCAAAUCAAGAGAUUUAUUUUGGUUAAAAUAUAUUUAUCACAUUUCAUAGCUUUUGUGUUAGGCAAGUGGUACAUGUAACUGAUUUUAUAAUUUAGUUUUUUUUUUUUUUUAUGUUAUUCUAUAUUAUCAUCUUAUGUUAUAUGAUUAUGUGAUG